AUGAACAUGCCUUCCUGCUGCAAUGAGUCCUUGUCUAACUCUCUGAAUAUUUCGAUCAUGCUUCUAUCCCCCUUCUUCUUCCGAUGGUCGCUGGAGGUCAUACGGAGAACUUCCUACAAGGGGGCCACGCAGAAAUGCAAGUUCAAGACCCCAGUCGAUUGUGCCACCAUCCCUGGCAUGAUCUUGUGCCUGAGCAGUGUGUUGCAAAACCGUGGACUUACGAACACGUCUGUCCAAAAGGUUUGGAAGGUCUUUGAGACCUUCGACAAGCAGAGCAGCAUGAAUCAAAUGUUGGCUUUGCUUCCGGACCUCCACGUGGAGGCAAAGGAGAACAUGGUUCGAAUCGAGGAUUGGCACGCUGCUCUGCAGAGAUUAGGUUUCGGUGCACUUGUCGAGCUCACGACCAGAUACUUCGGCAACGACAAAAACUUCAUCACGGUCGGGAAAUGCUUGUUCUUGUUGCUGGCAGCACGGCAAAGGCCGACCAUCCGCGACUCUCCCUUAGCACAGACAGUGACCAUGAGACUCUUGCAUCAAUUCUGCCAGCACGUCGAGGUAAGGCUCGAGCGAGAUGGAUCGCCUUUGCUAUCCUCAUGUCCUCACCCGACGAAGUGCUCGACGUACCACCCUUACUUGAAGCACUCCCGCUCUCAGGGGCAUCCUGCUCUGAAAGACAAGUUCCUGGCCCGCUUCGGCGCCAAAUCAGGCGGAUUUGCGACAAGCAAAGACGAGCUUUCGUUACACGAGCUGGGGAUCGUGUCAAGCAAAAGCAGAAUCGCUCAGAGAGCUUGUUCUGAAUGGCUGAUCCGCUACAUGGCCAAGGCCUCGCAGGCCAUGGCAGAUGAUGUGAAGUCUCAGUGCGACCUGAAGACGUUGAACUUCUGCCUGGAUGCUGCCCGGGUAUGCAAACAGCAGGUGCUGACCUUCCAAUUUCGGGUUGGUGAGUGUUCCCAAGCUGCCCUUCUGCAGAUCUUGCCAGACACGGCACCUUGCCGCGAUGCCGAAACCACCCUCAAGGCAUUGGACAUGGCCCUUGAGGGGGGCCUCCCGACGAAGAGCAAGAAACUAGUCAACACGGCCCGACACCUUGUGACGCACAGACAAAGUGCUAAGCAAAUUCUUCACAGCAUCAAGAACGCCAUCGGUGUGUAUAUGCAGGGUUUUUCCUUUGCCGACACUGUUCCAAGUCAGCUCUUGCGGCCGAGAGGCGAGACGUGCAAGAGACUUGAACUGACAAAGGACGAGAAGCAGCUCCUGUCUUUCCCAGAGAACAGGAGGCGGUUUUUCCUCUUCAACACCGAGUCAGGCGAGGUCAGUCUGGACUGCCAGGCGCCGAUGGCAGUGGGUGGGUCGCCCCCUCUCACGCUGUGCUGGGCAGCAGACGAAGGGACGGACCUCUUCGUAGCAUUUCAGUAUGUGGCGAAGCAAGGAUGCUUUUGCAUGUUUUGGCCUGACCUCUUUCACAAGAUCCACAGGAAGCAGGCUGGUGCAAUCGCCAGCUGCAGCGAGAGCCGCCUGUUGCUCAGCAAGCUGACGAAGCUUUUCCGGUCCUCAAGGGCACCAUGGGACUCGGCCAAGUUUGGCAAACAAAGGCUAGAGACCAGGCUACGCCUGAUCCAAGAGCUUGAAAAUCGCGAUGCAAGCAGCAAUGCUUUGGAUGCUUGCUGCUGUGGCAUGGCGAGGGACUUGGGCAUCCCAGUCUCCGAAAUGUCUCCACGACGGGCAUUGCAGGAGCUCAAGAAAUGUGCAGGCACGUGGAGUUUGCGACUGUUGGAGUCCUUGUUUGGUUGGUGGGAGCAGGGCAUCAACCCGUACGAUCUUCUGGGCUCCUCCUCGGCUCUGGAGUCUGCAGAUGAUGAGAAAGGCCAACAGAGCUACUCCAUCCGUGCCUUGUACUGGGAGGUCCUUUCCGACUCCACCAACCAGGCCAUCGGUCUCGCUUCCGGCGAGACUGUGAGGGGCCUGAUCAGGAAGACCAUCGCCGACUGCACUUCUCCCAAGGCUCUGAUCUACUGCAACUGUGCCCACGCGGCAGUGGAUGAAACGGCACAAGAGGUCCUCACCUUCUUGUAUGACUGCCUCGUGCGGUCUGUGCUCUGCCUCGAGAAGAGACACUGGCCUGGUGUGUUGGAGCACAUGAGAGAAGAAUGGAAGUUCAUUCUGUUCUUGGAUGGCUUCAGCAGCACUUCCCAGGCCCGCCGCCUCUUCACCUUCACCGAGAUGCAGUGUUUCCGCGAGCUUUUCACAGAGGCCGAGUCAAUCGACUUUGAUGCGAGUCACGUGGACUCCGAACGUGUGCGAGCCUUGGCCGCGAGACUGGCAGGCUCUGACACGAAGGCCCUGUUGUCGUCGCUGCCGAACGAACUUAUGUUUAACGAUUUGCGAGAUGCUCAGCGGCGGCAUGCCAAGCACGAGAUGGCCAAGCUUGUUCACCUGGCGGCCGUCAGCAUUCGAUCCAGUGGACACAGGUCACCUUUGCAUGCAGUUGAGGUCGACAAUGCAGACUGGAACAGCCACGACCAGGCAAAAGUGCUCAGAUCCAAUAUCCUUCAAGCUGCUCGCGAACGCGACAAAAAUCUCGGAGUACCGUUGCAGGAGCUGAUCUGCGAGAAGAACCUCAGCUAUGUCACGAAGCCCCACAUCUAUUGCCAGAGGCUCAGGCUCUUCCAGAACCUCAAACGCAAGUUUUUUGCCGGUGAUGGCCAUGCCAUCGAUAUGGACAAAAUCCUUCGAGAGGUUUGGCCUUCGAACACGCUGACGCCGGGAUGUCUGUGGCAGCAGGAGAGCUUCAACAAUGAGGCUGUGGUGGUUGUGUUGUCUGGAGGUCCUCAUGCCGUCCGCUACAUGCAGCUGAAGCUCGUCGAGGUGCCAGGCUAUGACGAGCUGUACGGCUUCGAUGAUGGCAAGCUGCAGGUGCACGAGACGCUGGACUUCCACAUGUGCUUCGGCAAGCUCUCUAUGCCGCAGCCGGUGGCAUCGGAGGAGCAUGGCUUACUGGUGAGACCUCUGGAAUGGUAUUCCCCUGGAGAGUUCAUGUGCCGUCACACCAUCAGCCAGGUGCGAGCAGGUGUGUUGACGGAGUAUGGCAACACUUUGAAAUUGAACCUCGCCAAAGUCAACCAGAGAAGCCGUGUGGAGCAGAUCAUGCGCCAUCACCAGAUGCCCGAGGAGCCGGAUGACGAUGCCGCUGGCGAUGUUUCGGAUGACGAGGCCGAGGAAGCUGAGCUUUACGAGGCCAUGAACUACAACAUCGAGGAGGAUGACGAUGCUGAUGCUGCACAAGAGGGCGGCGAGCCUGAUGCAGGCCAGCAGGACAGCAGGCCACCCGAUGAUACGCGAGCACCCCAGCAUGACGAGCAACCGGCCAGUGCUGAUGUGCCCAUGGGACAUGCUGUGCCAGAUGACAGACAGGAGAGAAGAGAUGGUGGUACCCACGAUCGCAAGGAGCCGCACCGCUACGAUUUGCCACAGCACAAGUUGGUGAAGAUUCUUCCCGAUGGGCUGAAAUAUGGCAACAAACGUUCCCGUGCCUUUUCGUUUGUUCCUGCAGCUGCGAAUCCGUACAGCCGUGGUGUGACACGUUCUUUUCAGCAAGCUUGCCUGGCGGCCACGACGUGGAGUUUUCAGUGGUUUAAUGCUCUGCCUGAAGAGAAGCAGCUUCAGGUGCGAGAAAAAUUCCCUCCAGUCAGCCUGCCACAAGAGACGGGCGAAAACAAGAGAGAGGCCGAGGAAGAGCCGGCCUCCAGUUCUGCCAAGGCCGAGGGCCGACUGAAAGCGGACUGA